AUGCCUUUCCGUCCAGUGGACCAAUUAAAAUGUCCAGAAUUAAAAGGAGACUUCAAAUGCGGCGAUUGUGACAAAUCCUUCUGUCACGCAGCUUCCAUGCGUCGCCAUCGUGCAAACUUUCAUGGAGACAGUCAGAAGUGUCUCCUGUGCAACUCAGCAAUAAGCAGCGACGUUCGUCGUCACAUGUUCACAGAGCAUAAUAUUGAUAAGACUUAUACAUGUACUUGCUGUAAAUGGUCGUUCCGAACUAAGAAGGAACUUAUGUCUCACAACAAGUCAAUGAGUAAUGGAGGUGUUCCUGGAGAGGCGGUGGCUAUUGCAAUCAACACUAAGAAAACAGAUAAAAACACUAUUUCUGAUAGUGAGAAACCGGCUUCGGAAGACGACGAACUUGCCUCAUUCUUAGUUGAUCUAAUAACCUGUCAAAAAUCUGACUUGACUCAACAGCCGUCGUUCGAUAGUAUUCUGGCAACAUUUAUGAAGGAAGUUGCGGAAACAGGUAGUAGUGCUCCACAGAUGCCACGAGAAGGAUCAGAAUCUGGAAUUGAAGUUUCUCCUCCAACUACAACUGAGACAUCUCCAUCUACUUCGGCCAUCAACUUGGCUCAGAAGACACAACGGAGCCACAAACGUCGUUCACUCAGUGACAUCUGCUCAGCGUUGGUUUUGAAAAAGUGUAAAUGA